AUAUUUUUUUUAUUAUUAAUCAUUUAAAAUUUGAUAUAAUUUCUUUCCGUGCACGAGUAUGAAUAUAAUUUAACCAAGUAUUGGUAUAAUAAAAUGUCUACAAAAAGAAAGGAACUUUUAAUCAGACGCAACAACAAGAAGCUCAAUGGCGCGCAACAUCUCGUAUAUCACCGGCUCCAAACUCAUCGAAUCCCUCAAAACCUACCGUCCCAACAUCGCCAUCAUCGACGUCCGGGAUGAUGAGAGAAAGUGUGAUGGGCAUAUACGCGGAUCCAUUCACUUCGCCAGCAAUACAUUCUUGGACAAACUCCCCACUCUUCUCCAACAAGUCCAGGGCAAAGAUACCCUCGUCUUCCACUGUGCUCUUAGCCAGGUUCGGGGCCCAAGAUGUGCACGUAUUUUGGCGAAUCAUCUUGCUGAAAAUGCAGAGGAGAGUGGAAUGAAAAAAACCAUCAUGGUUUUAGAGCACGGCUUUAACGGAUGGGAAGGUGCCGGCAGACCUGUGUGUCACUGCACAGAUAAUCCCUGCAAGGCUGAAAUGGAGAAUUGAGUUGUAGCCAUUUUCCAUUGCUAUGAAAAGAUGUGCUUUGUUAUACAAGAAAAAGGGGAAGACCUUUGCGCUUCCUAGAUCAAGGGCUCGUUUGGUAAAUGGCUGUUCUGCCAUUAUUUAGCGGCUUUGACUAAUAUUAGCUGUUUGACUUGGUAAAAGAAAAUGUGUUUUAUAUGUUUGAUUGAUGGCCUAUUGAAAUUGAAAUAAGAGAGCAGCGUUUCAACUCGGUCUUUAAAGAGAUUUUACUUUUUAGCCCUUUUGUUCAUCUUUCUUUCUUGGAUCAACGCUUGAAUCCUUGUUUUUUUAACCUGAAGCUUGAAUUCGGAUGCAAACUCGCCCCAAAUUAUAUACUACCGUUGCAGUGUAUUCGUUCAGUUUUGUUUUAUCCAAUUAAACUUUGGGCUCUAAU